AUUGAACAAAGUUGGGGAAGUUUCGAAGACAUAGUUUUUCCUAGUGAUGGACUCAGGAAUUAUAGAUAAUAUUCGACGUCGGAAACGAAGAGAACUUACAGCAGGACAAAAACAAGAAAUCGUUGAAGCAUUUGACCUUUUUGAUACAGAUAAAGAUCAACAGAUCAGUUAUUACGAAUUCAAGGUUGCACUUCGAGCACUUGGAUUUGAGUUAAAAAAACAAGAGGUUCUAAAAACUUUGGAGGACUACAACAUCAAAGAAGAUUCUGGAAAACUACGAUUUGAAGAUUUCAAUGAAAUAGUGACAGAUAUGAUUUUAGACAGGGAUCCUGUCACGGAAAUGGUACGAGCCUUCAAGCUGUUCGAUGAAGAUGAUUCUGGAAAAAUUACUUAUCGUAACCUAAAAAAGAUCUCCAAAGAACUUGGUGAAAAUUUAUCAGAUCAGGAACUUCGUGCUAUGAUAGAGGAAUUUGAUCAAGACGGAGAUGGUGCGCUUAAUUUGGAAGAAUUUAUGGCGUUAAUGACAAAGGAAAUAUAAUUCACCAAAUUGUUUAUUGAAUCAAACCAACAACUGUGUACUUAAUUAUCCCAGUUAAAUACAUAUCAUCAUUCUUCUGAACUCAGUUUGAUAUGACCAGUAUAGUUUGAAUCUGCCUUCCUUUUGAAUUUGAUGCUGCUUUUUGUGUUUGUGAAUGAUCAGCUCCCGAUAUGGGUGGUGAUUAUUGUUGAUGGCAGUUGAUCUACACUAAAAAAGUACUUCAUCUUAUUUAUUUCCUCUUACCGGGCAUCAUCAUCUAUGUAUAUUAUCAUUCUGGUCAAUUCUUUAAAAUAUUUCACAAAUAAUCUACAUUCUUCUACUUUUAUUGUUCACAGCUUUCUCACAUCUGUGUGAAAUUAUAUACGUAUAUAAAUAUCAUGUCUAACGUAAAAGCAACAAGAAAUGCUCUAAGUCAUAGUUAAACAUAAUCUAUACGAAAAUAUAGGUUUCAUAACUUUUGACAACCUGAUUUGAUUGUCGCUGUAAUCAUCAAGUAAAUACACUUGAUUAUUGUGUGGUGUUAUGUAAUAAAACCAACUUUACAUAUCUUUUGUUAACGUGAUAAUCAGUUUUGAUAAUAACAAUUGGAGAAAUCCAGGACUUUGUCAUUGUUUAUCAGAUUAUAUAAUCCAUUCGAUAGAGUACUAACCUGUUAAUGUGAGGAUUGUUGGUAUAAAUAUAUUCACUUUUAACGCUCUCAUCAAUUGGAUCGAAUAAUUAACCACGUAGCAGUAACCAAUCCCUUGUCUAGACCUCAGCUAUGAACAUAUCUUACUAGUCGGUAUCAUAGCGCACUUUGUUUGAUGUUAAGUAUUUGAAGGUAAUCAACAGAAAGUCAGCUACAACGUAGGACUAGGCACAUAUAUACAUCGGUCCAAGUUGCCACACCUCAUUAGCGCAACAAGAUAAACACCAAAUUCAUAGAAGUAGUCACUUCAGUGAUAGUAAUGCAUAAAAGAAAGAUUGUAUAUAUAGUGCAGGGAGAAAGAAUUAGUUCGCAGAAAGAAAGACGUAAAGUAAUUUUAAUCUCACGGUUUAAGGAAAGACAAAGAGUGAUCGAUUCUGAGCCAUGUCACCCAGAGCCUCCAACCAUUGGUUACGGUAGUCACGCUGACCCCAACCAAGUAGUCUGCAUUUACCAACAUGGCUCAGACUAGGAGUUAGUGACUCCAAGGACUGGUGCCACUUUUUGGUUUGGCCACCCCUAACUUUCUUCCAACCAUCUUCAACACUAGUCAGCAUUGCGCGUCGUGGUAAACGGUGUUCAGGCAUGCGUAAAACGUGGCCCAACCAUCUCAGUCGAUGAAGAUUCGCGACCUCACCAACUGAUUUAUCAUCAUUCCCUAAUACUCUGCGCCUAACCUCACUAUUACUUACCCGGUGAUCCAAGCAGAUGCGAGCAAUAUUUCUAAGACAUCUUUGACCAAAUGCUAGUAACUUACGAGUAUCCUCUACCCUUCAACACCACGUUUCGCAGCCGUAAAGAAGAACAGAACGAACUGCUGUGCAGUAUACUCAUCCUUUAAUUGAUAGACGGAUAUCUCGCCCUUACCAUAGGUGACGUGAGUUGACAAAAGCCAAACGAGUUUUCUGAGUCCGUGCUGAGAUUUCAUCAGACACCAUCCCAUUUGGGCUGAUCAGAUGUGUUCAACUACUUCACUUCCGAUCCUUAGCUAAGGUGCUGACUCAGGCAGUUUUGAAGCAACAACUUGCAUUUAGCGUAGGAAGAACACACACCAAACACCCUGGCAUUGUUGGUCAAUGCUACUGAAGGACUUUGCAUUUUAUCAGCGUCUUCAAGAAACAGGACUAUGUCACCUGCAUAUUCUAAGCCCAUAAGUGGACCUCUUGGUAGAUGGUCAAUUCCUGAAAGUUCAGUCGACGAGAGAGUUAUUUCCAGCAGUAGGUCUGUGAUGAAAUUAAACAAAAAUGGAGAUAGUGAACAGUCUUAUCGGACACCAUUUGGGGUCGCAAAAUCAGAUGACAGUUCUCCAUAAGCUCUGACUCGACUGAUAGUGUUCGAGUAAAAAGCCCUGAGAAGAUUUCUGACGUACACCUUUCCAUACAGACCCUUCCACAGAACGUCUCGGUUUACAGAGUCAAAUGCUGCUUUUAAGUCAAGACAAACUGUCAUUGUUGGACGCCGAUAAGCAUGUCAGUGUUCUAAGACCUAACGAAUGGUGAAUAUGUGGUCGAUGCAACCACGAUCAGGUCUGAAACCAGCCUGAUUUUCUCGAGUUUGCAGUUCACGAGUCUUUGUUAGGCACCCGAUAAUUAUUGUGGUUAGUAUUUUAGAUGCUAUAUUGGUCAAACUAAUCCCUCUAUGGCUAUCACAGGCUGAUUUUGGUCGUUUCUUAUAUAUUGGGACAAUCAGUGAUUGCGACUAUAUGGAUGGGAUUACAUCCACUUCCCAGAUUUUAGCUAAAAUAUUAGUCAACCUAAUCGCUAAAAUUGGACCCUCAUAUUUGUAUACCUUUGGAGUUAAUCCAUCUGGACUAGCUGCACUUCCUCGUUUCAGAUUAGCUAUAGCUUUUCGAACUUCAUUUAGAGUCGGGGGGCGUAAUUCAAUGUUCCAUUCAAGCUGUUUGGGAAUGGUGUGUAGUUGUAGAGUAGUUGAAGGCCAGCUGAACUGCUCCCUAAAGUAUUCCGCCUAUCGUUUUAAACGUGUAGACUGAGAGCAGAUAAGUGUCAUCUUUUUCCCAGAUAUUGUCACUUGCACUUGACUUCUUUAUUCCUGUCUCUUUUAUUAGUCUGAAAAGCUAUCUUGAGUUACCUACAGCCACUGCCUUUCCUAUCUCAUUUGCUUUCGUUGCCCACCACUGCUCACGGUCAUUCCGUAGACUUUUGGCUAACCUAGAUCUGAUUUGUUUUCUCUCUUCAUCGUGUUCAGAGCCUGAUAGGAUGAGUUUACGAGAAUCUAUCAGUGCAAUAGACUUAGUAGAAAUCCAUUGGUUUUUCUUAACCCUUUGGUUUAAAUCACUAAUAAAUGUCACUACGGUUUCCACAGUUGUUUGUAUAUCUUUCCAAGCAACACCUGGGCCAACCUCUUUUUCAGAACUACCUAAGUGUGACCUCAGUUGUUCCUGGAAUCUACUUUCGACAUCCUCGUCACUAAGAGCAACUCUGAUACGUCUUCUUAUUUUGGUUUUUCUGCGUCCAGCGAGGUGCAAGCAAAUGCGUGCUCGUAUUAGAGCUUGAUCGGAGUUCAAGCAGGUAUUCCGGAAUGAGCGACAAUCUUCUAUCGACCCUCUCCAACGACGACUGAUGGCAAUAUGGUCUAUUUGAGUCCAUCGUUGGUUUGGUGCGAGGGGUCCCCAUGUUAGACGAUGUCUCUCCUUAUACUUAAAAUUAGUGCUUGCUAAACAUAAACGAUUGUCUGAGCCCAGUUGCAACAGACAAUCACCACUAUCUGUUUGCUGAACCGGAACACUAUAAUACCUAAAUGUCCUUCUGUUUGAUUUAAGCUAACUACUUAAGCAUUAAAGUCACCUGCUACGAGUACUAUGUCUGAGCGUUUAGCUUUCUGAAGAAGUUCAGGGAGCUUUCUGUGAAAGUCAUCUUUCACUUCAUCCGGGCUGCAGUGACUGGGAGCGUAGAUAGAAACGACGAAAAGACAACAACGUCUGGCCUUAUCCUUCCGAGUUCUCACAAAGCCAUUUAGCCUAACAGCACAUAAGUGAUUGUUAACAAGGAUCCAUUCUAAUAGUGUUUGUUCUGCCCUCAUACUUAGUGCUAUGCCUACACCCACCAGACCACGGGAACUAGCCAUCGGGUCGCCAGAUGCAUGGAGGGUGUAUCUCAUCGGCUCUCUGUUUUGGCGAGGUGAGGUCAAGUGAAUGGCCACACUAGGAUCCUGUAUGUGUGUUUCGGAGACACAGCAUACAUCAAUGGUACGAGAUUCUAGGGUUUUAGCCAAGGAGGCCUGCUGGCCGAUUUGACAUAGGGCGUGUACGUUGAAGGCUCGAAUGUGUAGUUUGAAGCGAGGUUUCAAUAGACCUGGGGCACUGUUUUGAGCACUAGAAUAGUUGGCCAUGGUGACACUUGAGGAGGAAGUCAAAAUAGUUGAAAGUCGAUGUAGGAGGAAUAAUAGAAAUUGAAGAGGGAGGUUGAUUAUGAAUACAGUGGUCUUGAGUGCUGUUAGGGGUAUGAGGGCGGUUAUCACUUCCCGGUUGCCCACACCGAGGAAGGGUUCUUCUGGAGGUACCUGAAAAGGAAAUUGGGUUAGAGGUGGUCUUAGCGACCUGAGAGCGUGACCGCAGUGCCCCUCACAACUGACGAAGUCGGUUACACACGACCUUUUUGUGAGUAAUUCUCGUGUUUGCUCCAUAUUUGUUGAGACCUUACCACCGGAGGUCCGUGG